AUGGAUGACGCAAACAAGGAGGAUCAGUUGUCAGAUCAAGCUGGCAGAAACACAUUGCAUGCUGCACAUGGCAUACAGCAACACAUGGGACACAACAAGCCUCUCCAUGAACUGCAUCCCCAACAUGGGCAACAACAAGUCAAUUCCGAGGGACAGCAACAGCAUGAAGAGGAGCUGCAACCGCCCUUGCUGCAUGAGGCUCCACAGCUGGAGGACAAGCUGCAGGACCCAAUACAACAGCAUAUGCAGCAGUCAGCAGAGAAAUUGAUGGAAUUCCUCCAACAGCCGGAAGCACAGCUGCAUUGA